UUAAACAAUUGGGAUUUACCCAAGUUUUUGGUUGAAGAUGAUAUUAAGCAUGUAUAUGUUCUCUUUUCCUUUGGAAUUUUUGGUAGAAUUAGAAUUAUUUCUUCAUAUUGUUUGCAUACUUGCAAGUUUUCUUCCUGGUGCUCAUUAUUAAUCUUUUUGAAUAUGCUCAUUAUAUUGUAGGAUCAUUAGAGUGUACACAGAUAAUUCCCAAAGAGAGAUGCAUUACGUUAGGUUCUGCUUCGCUGAAUGUAUUUAAGUAAAUGAUGGAUUGCCCCAAAAAUGAAUCAAUGUGGAAAAAAGAGUCGAAGGACUAUUAUUGCCGAAAAAAAGAAGCUUAUCAUUGUUUGUUAGACGAUGGCGGCGGAAGCGUCAAAAGAGGGUGUGUCGAAUUACAUCGCCUUGGUAAAGGCCACUGUCCGAUUUUUAAUAGAUAUGGCUCUAUCCAUUGGAUCAAAUGCAACAGUCCUGAGUGUCCAAAUACAACUUACAUAAGUAAUGAAGUCUACAGAUACCCUGUAUGCCUUCAAAGGAAUUCAACUUUUACUUCAAGUACAAUUGGAACUCCAUAUGGAAUCAGUAAGAGCAGUAAUUUUACCGGGGAAAGUACAAUGGAACAUGCUGGAUUGAAAGUUGGAUUGCUUCUUUCCAUGAUUAUAAUUGGAUUUUUUAUAGCUAUAGUCAUUGCUGUUUACUACCGAAAGACAAGUAAACGCAAUGAUGCCUCUGUCAAUGACGAUGAGGAAAUGCAACAAUUGACAAGACAAGAACACAACGAAGCUGUUAAAACAGUAGUGAAAAAACUAGAGAGAACAGACAAAGUUAUAAUUCAUGGAAAGCUAGGCACAGGUGUUUCGAACACUGGAAAAAAUGUCAUCAGAAGCUUUGCAAACAGCAAUGCUGGAUGGAAGCCUGAACAUCUACACUAUCGUGAUAAUUUAGAACCAUCACUUACGGAUGGAAAAAUUGUUUUUAUCGAUGGUUGGUUCGGAAUUUGGAAUCCAAAUCCUUCCGAAAAAAACAAAGUUAUUAGAAUUCUAAGAAUAAUGAAAGAAAAAAUGUUAUCUCUUAAGAGAGGUACAUGUAAGAUUGUUAUUGGUCUUCGAACCGAUGUAUAUGAAAGAUAUCAACAGAUUUUUAUUGAUGCUGGAAUGGUUGAAGACCCUCUCGAUCUAAAUAGCGCAAGAAAAGAUACACAUCAGGAAAAAGAAAAGCAUCUAAACGAUGCAUUGUUGUCAAACUCAUGCAAGCGAUCCAAAUGUGACUGCAAAAAAUUGAAUUUGGAAGAUUUUAAAAAAUACACAGCUAUUGGAGAUCAUUUAAAAAUUGAUAUUUUAGCAGGAAAUCAUGAAUUGAUAUCUAAAUUUCUAAUAAGUGGAGAUUUGUUACAAACAUUAGUGUCUCAUUUUGAUGAUCUGAAAAUGAAAAACAAACAGCUUUACGGGUGCCUCAUGUAUAUUGUUGUAAAAGGAAAGUUCAGAGUCGGUGAUACUAUUGAUCAGGGGAUACAAAAUACUUUUGAACUGGAACUGGAUAUAACCGAAGACUGUUUCCGACAAUGUGAAAAUUUAGGAACGUACACUAAAUGCCUAUCCAGAAGUAAUCUUGUCAACGUUGAAGAAGAACCUCGGGAUUCAGAUAGCCAUUAUUUCGUCUUUAAACACGUGUUUCUUUAUAUAUGCGCUUUUCAUUCUUUAUUUCGUUCACAUCCCUUUCAGGUGAUGGAACAUUGUAACAUUGACGCAGUUUUGCAAAUAGUGCGACCAUUUAAUUCUACGGACGGAUAUGGCGAUAAAUUCUGUGUAAAAGCAGACGAAAAAACCAUCAAGUUCUUCUAUGAAAAUGUUGUUGAGUGUAAUAACGAACUUGAAGAAUUAAUAAAUGAUCACCCCCUAGUUGUAAUCGCAGUUGGUUCAAGGGUUUGAACCUUUCGUACAAAUUACUUGAGGUAAAAUAGAUAUUUUUGCAUAUUUUGUGAAAAAUACCGAGCAUACUUAAUAGAAUACUUUACAAUGUUGCUUACAAAAAACUUAUGCAUAAGCCUAAUCCAGCCAUGUGCUAAUUCGAUAUAAAAAUAUAGUGGAUUUAAUAUCUCAUGUAAUGUCUAGGCUACAUUUGAUCGUCAUAAACCCUAAUGA